CAAGUUACUUGGAAUUUUCUAUUGGUUAUAGAAAAUUUUAACCUUUUGGUUUUCUCUUCGUUAUGUCGCAUGAGAUCAAAUGAUCAAUGUUUGUAUGCAAAAGAUUGGAUGUGUGCAAGGAGGCUGAAGACAAGUUAUUGUUGGAGAAUAUUGUAAUGGUCACUUCCAUUUAAAGUUCAUUGCUUGCAAUGGUUCAGAAGUUAAUAAUAGCAUGUGUUGUUUCUUCUGUUAUCGCUUCAAUAAACUACCUAUUAUGACUUUUUGUUGUAGAGCACUCUAAAGACUAAAGAUUAUGCGACUCCUUGGAUGAUAUUCGAUUUUUAAUCCGUAAGUUUCAAUUGUUGGAGACAAUACAUAAUCUACAAACCCAAGAUGCUAAUGAGGUGGAAAACAUAAUUGUUGGAGUCAGUUUCAAUUGUUGGGACAAAACUUCAUGCUGCAGAAGGAUCAUCUUGCUAACAAAUGAAGGAUGUUAUUUCUCUCUUUCGUGACAUGAUUUUUUGCUUCUCAGGUCUCUCUCUAUGGACCCUAUGACGGAUAUACCGCCGAUGACCACCCACCUCGCCGAUCACGUCUCAGACCCUCCUCCGACGCUGCGUCCUACCCAAACCCACCCUCCUUACACCGAGAUGAUAACAGAGGCAAUUACUGCUCUAAAAGAUAAAGAUGGAUCUAGUAAACAAGCGAUAUCUAAAUACAUAGAGAAAGAGUACAAGAACUUACCUCCAACUCACUCAAUCCUGUUGACUCACCAUCUGAAACGUUUGAGGAACGAGGGUCAGCUCAUAAUGGUCAAAUACUCUUACAUGUUUCCUCCCAGAUCUGAUCAAUUUCAACCUCCUACAUCCACCGAUUAUCAUUCAACAUUCGGUUAUACUGAAACUGGUGAUGCUAAUCAUGCUACUGAUGUAAAUGCUCCUACAAUUUCACCUCCUGGUUCAACGAAAAGGAAAGUCGGUCGUCCUCCCAAAAAUAGAUCUGAUUCGGGAAUAGGGGUACAAACUCAGAUGCCGAAUGUACAACCAUAUGAUGCAGCUCCUCCUCCUCUGUCUUAUCAACCUCAAUAUCAAUACGAUGUCGGUGUCGGCGAAGAUCUUCCCGUUAACCAUGGCUCCGGUUCGGAUUUUCAAGGGAAUGCUAAUGCUACAGCGGGGUCGGAGCCUCUUUUUGCUUCACUAGGAUUGGGCGACGACGGUGGUGCAGUUCCAUCGGUACCACCGCCACCACCGACUGAAAACACAGCGGCUAAAAAGGGGCGUGGUCGUCCGCCGAAAGUGAAGAAGGGCGUUGGUAGACCGAGAAGGAUUGGAAUAGGGCCGGUGACUGUGCCGUUGUCUGGAAAUGUGUUGGCGCCAAGAAGAAGGCCGAAGAGGGCUGGAAGACUAAAUGUGGGUGGUGUUAACGGUGGUGUUGUUGAGAGUAGAAGAUCUGGUCGGCCUUAUGUCAGUAGGUUUGGAAGAUUGACCGGAAAACCUCUCAACAAGCCUAGCAAUGUUGGACGUGGAACGGCGGUGAUAGUGACGGAUCCACGACAGCUUGUGGUUUAUCAAGAAUUGAAGACUAAAUACGAGCUUCUACAAUCGAAAGUGAAGCAAUUCGCAAUUGCGGUCAAGCCAUGCAUCGAUCCCAACUACGGGUCCGUUGCAUUACAAGCAUUGCAAGAGCUCGAAGCUCUAGCCGGGGCAGAUACCAAUGCACCAUCACAUGUUCAAACCCCAGAACCGGAACCAGUACCACAACCAGUACCUUUUUAGCAACAUCUUUGGGCUUGUAAUUUUAUGAAUGUAGUACUAGUAGUAGUAGUAGUGAUGUUUACUGACACCUGUUUGUUAGGAUCUCUGUUGUAUAAAUGUUGUAGGGCGUUGAAUGGCUUGUUGACAUGUGUUUGUUGAGCCAUGGAAAGAGAGAGAGGAUAUGACAUGUAGUUGUUGAAGUUUAAUAAUGAGCCAGGAAACAUGUGUUAUGUGUUAUGUAAUGUAAUGUAUGAAACUAUUUAAAUGUUUGUUUUAGCAAUAAAUGUUUGUUGGAGGGGUGAUAUGGUGGUGUUUGUAUCGAUGAAGAGAUGUG